CUUCACUCGUUAACUAAGCUCUACAAUGAUUCGCCGAUUGGUGGCGUUUCUCAAUAACUGCCAGAGCAGAGAGUACUCGCACUUUCAGGAGAUCGAGAGCCGAACGACAUUCACUAGGCAAAAAUAAACCAACGCACCAGGGCAUUGGCCUGGAAUAAAAGAAAAUACUACAUUUAUUCACACUGCAGACACUUCAGGGACUCAGUCAUAAGUUGUGCUCCAACCAGCUACAAGUUAGUUAGCUCUAGACAGAAAUCACCCAAAGUUUGACUGCAUAUCGUCAAGGUCAUUGAGUUGACUUAGUUUUGGAUGUUGCAAGCAAGGUGAUUGUGUUGUGUUUGAAGUAAAAGUCGUCGGCUCUGCUCUGUACAGCUAGCACUACAGAUGAUUCAAGCUUCGAGCCCCACGUGUUUUGAUGACCCGUCACCAUAAACAAACUGCCAUCUACCGUGUGAUAUUUUUUACCAAGAGUGAAUUUUUCAUCAACUGAACGGGAUUUAUUAGCAUCAGACGUGCAUGCUGUGCUGGAUUGUCAUCCCCCCAUUUGGAAUUAUAAACAAUUUUGUUGCGGUAACCAGAGCGUAACUUCGGCGUGAUUGAAAUUGAAUAAUGUUACAUGGUCUCACAAUGAAAUGGAAUGCUGUCUUUAAAAGCUAACACAUGAGUUGCAGUGCGUUGUUAAUCGUUGGAAGGAUUACCCUGUGUGUCUGUACGAUACGACCACAAUAGGUGUCAAAAUACCUACUCAGGUGUACUUUAUACGUGUGAAUUGAUGAAUUAUUCUCAUGUAGUUGUUACAUUUACGGUGGGAUUUCCACGGGGAAAGUAGGACGCUCUCUCCGCCUACUAAGAAACCUUUUUGAGGAACCGUCGAGAGGCGGGCUUGAAACUUUGAACCGGUUUCAACUUGACUUUGCCGUGGUGCUUUUUGACUGUAGGUUAAUUUUUUUAGCAUAUUUGAUCUCAAUGACCUGCUGAAUACAGUUCUACAUUUGAACCAGAGAGUGUUGCUUCUUCUCUGAUGUGAUUAUUCAGCACACGGAGAACAAUUCUUGAAAGUUGACUGGAAUUUUUUAGUACGCACGGAGGAGAUAACGUAGUCCAAGAACAAAAGAUAAGUUUGAUUACGUGAGGUUGAAUUGUGCUCAAAUUGGACAAGCUGUAUACCUUGCAGACGACAGAGGCUGUUCCGUGGAUUUUUAUUAUUAUCGGCUGGCUGCGUGUGAGGACAAGAUGUGGCGAGAUUUGGAUCAAGCAAUGAGGACAUCCAACAGAUCCAGCUGUGCUUCAUGCAUACUCUUAUUCAAGAUACAGACUAUGACGUUCAGAAUAUUCAUCAUUAUUUUAGUUUCCGUGGCUGUGACGUCAUCAGAGUCGUUAAUCAGUGAAACCAGGUUACGUGAGAGAAGGGGUCUGAGCAGACCACCUGUGACAUCAUACUGGGGGGACUGGGACUCGUGGUCUGCGUGCUCCAGGACGUGCGGUGGGGGUGUGUCCAAACAGACAAGGGUGUGUCUUCAGAUGAGCAGCGGUGAUGGUGGGGAAUUAAGACAAAGCUCACAUUGUGUGGGGCUUUACAAGCAGUAUAAACUGUGCAAUACACAGCCAUGUAAAUACGACACUGACUUCAGGCAAGAACAGUGCGAGAAUUUCAACGGUGUACCUUUCAUGGGAAACUUUUACCAGUGGAGACAGAUAGAAAAAGAAUCCAAUUACUGUGAGCUGAACUGUCAAGCCAUUGGUUCUCGUUUCUUUGCUAAAUUGGCAGAUAAGGUCAUUGACGGCACAUCUUGCUGGAAUUCCUCAACUACAGAUGUUUGUGUGGAUGGUCUGUGCAAGGGUUAG